GCGUCUGGCACAAUAUCAGCCUUAUUAUUCAGCGAAUUGUGUGGCAGAAUGAUUCGCUUGCUGGACGAACGCUCCUUGCUGAAGAACCGACUUGACGUAGUCGAGAUGCAGCAAAAGUUGAAUCAACUUCAUUCGCAUGGUUUUCUUAACAUGGAGCACAAACUAAAGAUUCAAGAAUUAGAAGCAAAAUGCAAUGAACAAGAGCGUCAACUAAGACUGCUGCUAUCGCAAGUUUCAUCGGGUAAAGUCGAUUUCAAAAGCAUACUUCACAGUCAGCAAGUUCAAAUCAGACGGCUUACAGAGGAAAAUAUGGCCAUAAAGUCGGUGGUGACCAAUCGGUUUGUUAAGUCAGACGAUGCCAUCUUCACGGCGUUUCUCGAACAAAAGGAUCUCAUAUGCGAGCUUAAUAAGGAAUUUGCUGAAAAAAGUAGCGAGUUAGAAAAGGCACUCCUACAGAUCGAAAUCCUGCGCCAAGAGACUCUUGAUCAUCACCCAAGAACGACUGAUGACAAGAAACCAGCUUCCCCUGUCGAAGAUACCAAAGUUCUCAACGUUCUUGUUCUACUCUCAGUCAAAAAUCUGGUAUUGCAAAAAGCGCUUGAAGAAUGUAGGCAACAAGUUCAAAUGUUGAGCGAAUAUUUUGGUAAUGAAAACAGCCUCCGGUUGUCAGAACAUCGGAAGGGGUUGGACAGCACCUCGGAAUCGAAGACAAAAUAUUUGGGAAUUUUAGAGAUCAUCGAUGUCGAGAGGUUCACACUUCUCCUCAUCACGAACAUGGCACCGUAUAUGUUGGAGGGCUUAUCACCUCGUUUGCCGGCAUACCUCAUCACUAUGGCGCUUCUUUAUUAUGAUUAUGUCGAAGAUGCAACUCAGCUGAAUCACCUGGUUCAUCUGGUAUCAAAAGAAAUUCGUAACAAGUUCGCAGAAAACGAGAUCGAGACCAUCCUACAGCAUUACAGUCCUCAGGAAAACUACGAAGAAAAAAUUAGCGUCGAAUUCUUUCAGUCACUCAGGCAAGGGCUGUUAAAGGUGCGCUCUCCGACUGAUCUGAAAUGUAGCUUCUCACCGGAAGUGGAUGAUCCCUUAGUCGAAGGAUUGCGUUUAGAAUUUACCUCGUCGUUCAAGGUUAACUUAGCGGAAGUGAUGAUUCCGUUAUGGCUAAAAGAUUAUGUACAGAAACUGUAA